GCACGGAAGAGAUGAGUGUAGUGUAGUGUAGGGGGCGUGGUGCUCUGCUUUGGGGCAGUUGCAGAAACGUCCAAAAUCUGUGCAUGCACGAUUGUUGGACCGUGGAGAGCAUCCCUUGCAGGGCGAAUGGUGUGCUGUGGACUGUGUUGGACCCCCAAGUCCGCCACCACCAGCAGCCGCAGCUCAGCUCAGCUCAGCAAAGAAAGACAAGGCAGGGCAUCGGAAUGUGAACGAGGUAGCAGCAGGAGGCAGGGUUAGGGGGAGGAGCAGCAGCCGAUUCGGUCGAAGUUCUGGAUGUUUUGGAGAGACGCAGCAGUGAGUCACUGAGUCACUGACGGACGGAUGAGAGUAGGUUGAGUUUCGUAGUGCACUCACUCGAAGCGGUUGGCUGCAGAGGGGCUGCUUCUUCUUCCCACUAAAGGCUCAGAUUUCAGGUCUUGGUCCUUCACGAUGGCGACGCAAAUCAUGCCAGCUGGGACAGCGAUAAUCAACAACCACAGUGGCGUUUGCCCUCAGAUCUCCUUGGGGUUUGUAAGGAAUGCAUUCUCGAAAUCUUUCAGUUUUUCUAGCGAGAAGAUUUCCAGAGCUUCCGUACGAAAGGCGAUCAGACCCGUUGUGAAAUGCUCUGUGCAAGUCGCGGAAGGCAACGCCACUUCAGUGAAGAGGCCGUACACAACGGUUGAUACGAGGCUCGUACUUGAGGAUGGCACCGUGUGGCGUGGAAGGUCAUUCGGAGCCACCGGAACUCAAGUUGGAGAAGUUGUGUUCAACACAUCUCUCACUGGAUACCAAGAAAUUCUUACAGAUCCUAGCUAUGCUGGACAGUUCGUCCUCAUGACGCAACCACACAUAGGCAACACUGGCAUCAAUACAGAUGAUGAAGAAUCGGACGAAUGUUUCUUGGGUGGCCUUAUUGUUCGAAAUUUAAGUGCCACCGUAUCGAAUUGGAGGUCGACAGAGCCUCUAUCUGAUUAUUUGAAGAAGAGAAACGUCAUGGGAAUUACCGAUAUCGACACACGUGCUAUCACAAGAAGGCUGCGGGAAGACGGAAGCUUGGUUGGAGUCCUUACAACGGACACCACGAAAACUGAUGAAGAGAUUCUAGAUAUGGCUAGAAAUUGGAGUAUAGUAGGGAAGGAUCUCAUUUCUGGAGUUUCAUGCAAGGAACCUUAUCAAUGGAAGGACAAAACUGGAACUGAAUGGGAAUUCAGCAAGGAGGUCAGCGCAGACAUGGAUACAUUCAAUGUUGUUGCUUAUGACUUUGGUGUGAAGCAAAACAUUCUGAGGCGAUUGACUUCAUACGGUUGCAAAAUCACUGUCGUUCCAUCCACGUGGCCUGCGUCCGAGGUGUUGAAGCUCAACCCCGACGGUGUCUUAUUCAGCAACGGACCUGGAGAUCCAUCUGCUGUUCCAUAUGCAGUUGAAAGUGUUCGUGAAUGUAUAGGCCAGGUGCCCGUCUUCGGGAUCUGCAUGGGACACCAACUUCUAGGGCAGGCUUUAGGAGGCAAGACAUUCAAGAUGAAGUUUGGGCAUCAUGGAGGCAACCAUCCAGUUCGACACCUUCCCACGGGGCGUGUUGAAAUCAGUGCUCAGAAUCACAACUAUGCAGUUGAUCCUGCAUCUCUUCCAGAAGGUGUAGAAGUUACCCACAUCAACUUGAAUGAUGGAACCUGUGCGGGUAUGACUUUCCCUGCCAUGAAAGUCAUGAGUAUCCAAUAUCACCCCGAAUCAUCACCGGGUCCCCAUGAUGCCGAUCCGGCUUUCUAUGAUUUCGUUCAGAUGAUGAAGCAGAACAAGCAAUCUCGAAGCUGAGGUCAUGAUUGAGGAGUGCUCUGCCUCCAAAACCUUUUCGACAGAGCCCCUAAUAGAUGCACUUGAUUCUUUCAACGGUCGAUGUUACGAUAUCCGCCAAGGCUCCUUCAUUAGCUUCUAGCCAUAUCAUGUUAAUACCCUUUCUCCGUAAUUGCAACUCAAUUUUGACAUAGUACGACGUUUCUCAAACUGUACCCACGACUCCAGUUGGAGUUGGUUUUCAACAGAUUCAAAUUCCUCCACCCUCUCGUUCACGCACUGUUAGACUUUUCAGAGUCUUUUCAGACUUUUCUGCACUUAGUUCCUGAGUUUUGAAGAUUAGGCAGCCCAAGCAGGUUUCAUACAUGUCAAUUACUCUGACAGCGGAAUCCAUGUCCAGUACAUCUUCAUCGGCGGAACCAUCGUGGCAAAAUAAAGCAGCGAAGAGUCGCUCGUUGCAGAGAAUUUCGAACAUGAACUUUGUCACCCUGAACUCUAUGUUAUGGAAUUUUUAUGCAUGUCCCGAUUGAG